UCAAGUGAACGUUCUUAACCAACAAAAUAAGUGAAACUUAUCAGUAGUGUGUGACCGUAAUAGUGAAUCUAUUAUUAGUUAUUAAAGGUGUUAUAGGUUUGAAAGUAUUGGUUAACAGAAACCAGAUCGAGUUAUCUUAAUCCUGUGAAACGAAGAAUGCGACUCUAGUGAUCCAUAAUAUCAUUCGGGAUGUUCAAAGAAAAUGAUAGCACUUCAGGAGGCUGCAGCGGUGCAGUUCCUCGACCACGAAGAAUGUUACCACGAUUUUCUUUACGCCGAUUAUUGUAUUCGAGUCCGCUUAUUGGUCGACGAAUUGCGAGGACACCUAGUUCAAGCAACAGGAAUACUAAAGCAAAAGAUCCAGCUGGCGGCAAGAUUGCAGAUGUUGAAAAAGGAGAAGCUAGAGUAAGUAAUGGUUCGAGCCAUUUUCAAUUUCAGAACAUAGAUCUACAACGUGCUUCCAGCAAAGGCUCUCUACUUUCUUCUGCCAGAGAGAGCAGUGAAAAUGGUUUAAUGAAGUGCCCCUUGUGUUUUGCUGAAUUACCAGUGGAAUUCUUUCCUGUUGUUCAAUCGUGUCAUCAUCGCAGCUGUUAUGACUGCUUUCAACAAUAUCUCAAAUUUCAAAUUUCCGAAUCUAGAGUUAAUAUAGCAUGCCCUGAAUGUUUAGAACCACUACAUCCAAAUGACAUUCGAAUGAUUUUAAACGAUCAGACGCAAUUGGAAAAAUAUGAAGAUUUUAUGGUACGAAGGGUUCUUGCUGUAGAACCUGAUGCAAGAUGGUGUCCUGCUCCAGAUUGUAGUUUUGCAGUAAUUGCUAGUGGUUGUGCUUCAUGCCCAAAAUUACGUUGCGAGCGACCAGGAUGCGAUUCUUACUUCUGCUACCAUUGUAAAGCACGUUGGCAUCCUAAUCAAACAUGUGAUGCUGCCAGAGCCCAACGUACUCAAUACUACGAACGCAGUUCUUCCCUCAGUUUUAGUCAGAGUGACUCACAGCAUAAGGAUGAUAUAAAACCAUGUCCAAGAUGUGAGGUUCUCAUUGUUAAAAUGGAUGAUGGAAGUUGUAAUCAUAUGAUUUGCUCUGUUUGUGGUGCUGAAUUUUGUUGGUUAUGCAUGAAAGAAAUUAGCGAUCUUCAUUAUUUAAGUCCUUCUGGAUGUACUUUUUGGGGUAAAAAGCCAUGGUCUAGGAAAAAGAAGAUACUUUGGCAACUUGGAACUUUAAUGGGAGCACCAGUUGGAAUUGGUCUUGCUGCUGGUAUAGCUAUACCUNAUCUUAUUGCAGGUAUACCAGUCUGGGUGGGAAAAGAACUAUACACAAAAUAUGAAAAAGAUAACAAACAUAAGAGGAAUGCUUUUAUCGUUGGAGGAGUAACUGCGUCCGUUUUAGUGUCACCUAUAUUAGCGGGGCUAGCCGUCAGUAUUGGUGUACCAAUUUUAUUAUUUUACGUUUACGGCGUAGUCCCUAUUUCACUUUGUCGAAGCGGAGGUUGCGGCGUUUCUACAAAUGGAACGGGAGUACGAUUUGAUUUUGACGAUGAGAAUGAACUUAUGGGUUCGUUAGGUGUUCGUAACGCUGGAGAUGAAGCAUCGAUAGAUGUUGCCAGUCAUCGUGGUGGUAAUCCUUCGAUAGGAGAAGCAUCUCUUUCGUUAGGUAGCGGAAGUCAAUUGGAAAAAUUGGGUCGGGAAAACGAUCGCGAGAGUGCCAGUAACGUAGCUCUUGCUGGUACUAGUCUCGCGGGAAGUAUAGCUUCUAGUGUCCUGCCAGGAGGUCAGAGAUUGGAAGUUCAAGCGGAUGUGACGUCCACCCAGCGAUUCAGUUUGUGCAGUGAAACUGCCUCUGCUGCCACCAGUUUAUCAGAGAAAUCUGUAAACGCAUCUAUUGCUUUGGAUGAUGGCGCAGCUUCUACGAGAGCUUUGGCGGGCUCUGUUCUUAAUUUUAAAAUGGAUGGAAGUUCAAUCAGCGGUGGUAGAAGUACGGAAGGAGAACAAGGUACAGCAUCUGUUGCUGGUGGUCAUAUGGACUCAGCAGGACAGGCUACAUCUUUGAGUUCACUCGAAGAAGUAGCCCCUGGUUUAGCAAAACGAGCUCGACGCAAACCGACGCUAGAUCGUCAGUGCAGUUAUUCUAGUAAUUGGAUUGUUUUUGGAGAGGAUGGAGAUUCUGAACGUGUCAGAUUCGACGAUCAUGUUAGUUUCAUUGAAGGGGAUAAGGAAGUUGUUAGCACUUGUGGAAUGAAUAGUCGAAGUGCAGGAAGACGUAAACGCAACAAGGAAAUUGAACAAGAAACAGAUGCUCAAAAGACUACGAAAAAUUCUACCGGGGAAUCAAAGGUUGACUCCACAGAUGACAACGUGUCACGGGAACGGAUUAACGUUGCCACUUUAAGAAAUGUCUUCUUCCAUAGUUCUACAGUAUCUUCGGAUCGUGAAAAGCGACUAUCAGUGAUAGAAGAACCGUCUCCCGUAGCGGCACAGAAUAACGGUGGUCGCUUUCCCACACCUUCUGAUGAAGGAUGCACCACUGCUAAAGCGGAGGAAGCUUUACGCUUUUAAAAAAAUAAAGACUGAGUAUUUACGUAAUAAUGUACAAGGUGUAUUUUUAAUCAUGGUCACGGUUCUUAGGUGUGUAUCUGCACCUUUAGAUCGGUGAAGAUUUUUUCAAUAACGUGCCACAAAAUUGUUCAUAACAAUAACAAUUAUUGUUUAUUUUUUCAAUUUCUAUGCAUUCUAUUUGACGAGAGGAAAUAGUUUAAA